UGAGGGUGAGGGUGAGGUGGUGCUGAGGGAUCUUGAAGCGGGUAUUAUGGUCGGCGGUGCUGAUGAUGAUGGUGGUGGCGAAGCGGGGCGAGGGAUGACAGUACUACACAACGAGGGGACUGCUGGGUCUGUGCCGUCCCUCGAGGAGAGUAGUAGUGGGAAGCAGGAGGGGGUGGAGGUGGUGCACAAGCCGUGGAUGACGAGCAGCGAUACGGAGUCGCAUGAGGACUUGGGGAGGGAGAUGACUGCGAGGUCGAUAGGGUGAGGCCUCUGGUAUCGUUCUUAGUUUUGUUUUGGUGCAGAUUGGUACUGUUAUACCCCUGGCGUUGGCACGGGGAACAUUGGCUGGUGAUAUGGGAUGGGGAUGGUUUAAGGGUGUAUCUGUGGGAUUGGCUUUAGGGAACAAAAUGGUGUUGGGGUGUUAUGCAUCGGAUUCAAUAAGAUACACGAGAUGUUCCAGUCCAGCCAGGGUAACAGGAUGGCUGCAUCGGUAUGGGCGGCUUUGGAAAGCAAGGCAAAAGGGACGGAGUUAUGGAUCCGGUAUCAAUGUGCCGACUCACUUCAUGUACACUGGGAUAGGCCCAUCCAUGUACGAGUACGGCGCCGACGAGGACGCAUAAACUACCUAGGUAUGUGUAGGUCAAAUAACAGUGUAUGAGGAGACAACACAGCGGAGGGGCUGCAAGAUUUGAUCCCAUAAUAGCG